AUACAUGACGCGACGAUGUAAAUAAACUACCCGGAUACGAACGAUUAAAGUGAAACCUGAAGAAAUUGAUUAACAAUGUCGUGGAAUUACACACAAGCUCCACAGUCCAAUCAACAACAGCAGCAGUAUUAUCAACAGAACCACCCGCAGUAUGCAGGACAUGGGCAGAGUGAACACUACGGCAAUUACGGAAACUUUUAUCAACAGAAUGUAUUCCAAACGAAUGCAUGGCAGGCAUAUAAUAUGAGUGCGGAAGAUGAGCUGGCGAAUCUGUUUGCACACUACGUGAACAAAUCCGAGGCCAACACGAGAUCACAGGGCAUACAGUCAGAAGAUUUGUGCAGCAUUUUGAACGAGACGCAAUCCAUACGGGCUUACUAUGGCAUUAAUUGGAGUCGCGAAUUAUGUAGCGUAUUGAUGGCGAUGUUGGAUCGUAACCCGGAUGGAUUCAUGCAGUGGGCGGAGUUUAUGGAGCUUCAGCGCUGCCUGCUGGCAUGGCACAACAUGUUCCGCCAGUUUGACGCCGACAGGUCGGGCUUCAUCGAGUCAUGCGAGCUCGCAAACGUCAUCAAGGCCUUUGGUUACAGGAUAAGCCCUGAAGUAAUGACAACACUUCUGAAGCGAUACUCGCGGGCACAUGCAGUAAACCACCAAAUAAGGACAUUAAUUGCGUUUGACGACUUUGUUUCUCUGUGCGUCAGGCUUCGCGCUUACACAGAUGCUUUUCGCAAGCGAGACAGGCUGACAAGCGGUCACGAGACGGGUCAAACCAUGUUUAGCUAUGACGAUUUUUUACGAUGCGUCAUGUGUUUAUAAGUGAACGCCAGUUACUCGAAAGGGAUAAGAAACCAACACCGACAGACAUAUUGCUGAAACUGACAGGCACAAACGUAUUGCUAGCGUAGUUCCUUCAGUCUCAAUUCUUCUGGAACUUGCAAUCGAACUACAUUUUUACAUUUUCAGACUUAUCAUAAUUAUCACAUCAUAAUUUGAUCUUUAACCUAAAAAUACACUUACAUGCGCUCACAGUUUAAUCAAGCUGAUCAUGAAUGGAGUGAAUAGUAUCAUGUCCCGUUACACCAUUACGUGGUCUAUAUAUACGACAAAGGUUCUGAUCUGUCAUGAAUCAUGUACAACAGUUCUACAAUGCUCCUAAAUGUGUUAGACGUCUUAUAUUUUUGAGUUUGUCAAUUAUCGUUUAAAUAUAUAUAGCAUCCGUGUAAAGUUGUGAUCAAAACAUUGUGAGUAAAAUAAAACUUGGAAAAAAAACAGGCAGACAGAAACAAACUUGAUUUUGAUUUUUCCUUGUCAUCUGGUGUAUGUGAGGUUGUUUAUUUAUAAAAUGCAACUGUAUUUACAUUAUUUUACCUACAAUGUAUUGUUGUGUGUUUUUUCAAUUACCUCAAUAGUUUGUGUAAAGAACACGCGUUUCUUCUUUGGCCGCAUUUGAAUGUUACCUUGUUAUUAAAUUGCGUUCGCUAC